GUCACUUUCGCUGCAACGUAAACAAUCCGUGGCUGUGUGUGUUGGUGUUUUAUUUUGAAUUGCAAAUUGGAUUUUCCGGCAAAAUGGUUGUAAAAUUAAGGAUAUCGAGCCAUGUAAAGAAGCGCAUAUGCGAUCCAUCGUUUGCGACGGCGAGCACGGGCGAAUUGUACGGUACCAUCUGCGACGGAGUGCCGACGGUGAUAGGAUUCGCACGCGUACUUAAAGAAACGAACGAAGAAUCGGAAGAGGCGGUAGAAAAUGUGCCCACCGACACACCGUCCCCGAUUCAGCGCAACCUGCCGAGCGGGUUGGAUCUUAUCGGGUGGGUCAAAACUGGCCCUUACCAAGAUCCAACCGACUUUCUGCUAAAGUACGGACCGGACGCAUUUGUCACGGAUUAUCCUGUCUAUGUACAUUACACCGGAGAACCGGGGGCCGAGCUGCAGACGUUCAUCUUCACGAACAGGAUGCUGCAGUCGGUGGAAUGUGUUACGUUCGAGGAUGAUUUCCUUUACCGGGAGUACUAUCUGCUUCGCCUCCAGUGCACGCUAACGUUGGUGUGCGAGCAGACGGAAAAGUCGGUCUGUGAGAAUGCGUUCCGGUUGCGCAAGCAGCUCGGUUCGGGCAGUGUGGCGUUCACCGUACCGGCGGCACCCGGCGUGCUGCUAAGCGACUACGUCGUCACGGGCAUCGAUAAGGAAGAGACGGUGGAGAUGCUGUACGCAAUGGCCUCGGCCCCGCCCCCGGAACAGGACGACGGUUUCGGGGUGGUCGGUGGUGGUCGUGCGAAGGCGAAGAAACCACAGAUUAGCAACCGACCGCCCACCGGCUACCGGGUAAUCGAUUUUGGGCUGUUGAUUAAAAAGUCCAAGGACGAUCUGGAUGAGAAGCUUCGCCGGGAGGCGUGCAACGUAACGAUCGAUCGGCGCAAUGACGACCAAACGGUGAAGGUACCGUUCCAGGUCGAUUGUCUCAGCAUGGUGCACCGCACGAAGAAGCUGGACAAAUGCUUCGACAACAUGGUGGAGAGCGUGGACUGUUCGCUGGGAUUGAUUGAAGCCGCACUGCUCGAGCAGCUACGGCACCAACAGCGGCUGUACGUGUCCAAGUGUUACCACAUGCUGCCCAAAGAGCUCGGACACUUUGUGACCUGCGUGUAUCCGCUGGACGGGGAGUUGAGCGAAGCGGACUCGUUUUUGGAGCGGCAGCGUGCCAACAUGCACAAACAGUUUUUGCUCAAAAUGACCCUGCCCUACUUCCGGAAAGGAAACGCGUACCAAUUUCAGCCGGGCAAACGUUUGAUCAACCCGCACGAGUCACUCAGCGUACCACACCCGGACGGUAGAACGGCGCUUGUGGCCGGGGCUUACACCUACCACCACUACAUGCAGGACGGUUUCGACGAUAAGGGCUGGGGAUGUGCGUACCGAUCGCUGCAGACGCUCGUCUCGUGGUUCAAUCUGCAGGGUUACGGUUCCGGCAAGAUUCCGACGCACGACGACAUUCAAUCGUGCCUGGUGCGCAUCGGCGAUAAGCAGCGCAACUUUAUCGGAUCCCGGCAGUGGAUCGGUUCGACCGAGGUGUCCAUCUGCCUGAACGAUAUGGUCGGUAUCGAUUCGCGCAUCAUGUUCGUGACGCACGGCAGUGAGAUGGGGUCGCGCGGUAUGGAGCUGCUGCAGCAUUUCCAGCAGGAAGGCACACCGAUCAUGAUCGGUGGCGGUGUGCUCGCCCACACCAUACUCGGUGUGUCGAUGAAUGCUGAGCUGGGCGAAACGAAAUUUCUGAUCCUCGAUCCACAUUACACCGGGGCGGACGAGCUGGGCCCGGUCCUGGGGAAAGGAUGGUGCGGAUGGAAGGGGGAAGACUUCUGGGACAAAGCCGCACACUACAAUCUGUGCAUGCCGAUCCGGCCCAAACGAUUGUAAGGGUGGUUUGUGGGUUGAAAGGGAGAGAUUUUUUGUCCGGUCCGGUCGAACUGCGCUGAUUAUGCUGUUUUGUUAUUGCUUAUAAGCUUUUCCUGUUUUGUGGUAAAUGUAUUCUGUACGAAAUCUUUAGAUAUGUGAAAGAUAUUACUAAUAAAAUGUUUCAAAUUUAAAACU